CUUGAUCUUGUUACUUGCUUGGCUGCUUAGGCACUUCAUCGUCAUUUCUAAGAUUUCGCUAUUCGAAAAAAUUACAAUAAAACGUCUACCUUUAAACUCCCGUAUUACCUAAUCCUAGACGCCUGACCUAACCUGGCUCCUAUUCCUACGAAUUUCCUAUUCAUAUAUAACGCCAACAUCAAACAAAUGCUAAAAUUCUAAUAUUGGACGACGCUUGCGACGUACUCGAGUUGCGCAAAGGGGCCAAACGAAUCGCACGACUCGUCCCGACUUAGCCUCCGGGCCCUUAGGCAUGCGGUUGUUCUGUCAUGUUAGUGAGAAGCUACGGCAGAUGUUAGGAUGAGCUUGGACUCCUUGUUACCCAUCGCCCCAGCGAGGGUACGAGCAUUAGUCUUGCCCGUUGGCCAGAUCAAGCGAGACAGGUUUACGUCUUUUGUCCAAAGACUAAACGAGGAACAUGUCGUCCAACUCCGCGACAUCAGUGCCGACGGGCGGCCGAAUCGAAACAUGUUCACCCCCCUCGCAUUCCCGGACGGCGCCAUGUUCUACGAUUUAAUCACCUACAUACCGCCUCCGUCCCACCUUGCGCUCGCCCCCUUCGAGCUGUUUCGAGAACCGCUUGCACUCAUUGCUAUUGCCGAUGGCAAAGAGCUCGAAAACGUAACCUUCAGCAAGAGACAGUCUGCCAAUGGCUUUGCGCCGACCAUUGUGGAGAGGAAUAUUAGGACUUUGUACCAAGAGCUUGAGGAGCUACGGGACAUAUAUCCAAAAAUUCUUACGCAUCAAAUACUUAUAUUUGAUUAUGCGCCACAGACGGACAGUGCAGUUCCCAUUCCCGAGGGUAUCAAAACAGUUCCGCCGGUGGAAAACUCGAAGAGGACUACAGUUAAAACUAUUAUGUGCGACAUAUCUUCCUUGUUGCUAGCGGAGAUGACCACGCUUGCCAAGUCCUUCGAAGGAACGACGACCAUAGACUCGCCCGGUCAAGCCCCUGUUAGACCGGGACUUAAUGGGGCGUCUUGGACUUCGGACGAUAUGAAUCCGGCCGCGCGGAGGAAUUCGCAGUAUGCCAUAUCAGCCGUUACAAGGUCGGCAUCGACUAGCAGUACCGUGGAUAGGAGCCACGCUCGUAUGUCUAUGCCAGUACCUUUCAAGUCGCUUCCUUUUGGAUCCAAUAGCUCGACUCCUUCAGCACGGCCUACAACCCCCGUCCGUAGUGGGCUGUCUAACCCCCCAACUACUUUUGAUGAUAUUACGAGCGGGAACGCGGGCGAUCCCGCCGUACCAACACCGGAAAUACCUCGCCCAGGUUCUGCCGGGGGGACGAGAGCAGCAAAUCAAGACAGGGUUUCAAUAAUGGGAUUCGGGUCCGGUAGUACGAACGAGAGGUUAAGGAAUAAAAACCGAGGGCGAGUAAUAAUUUUAGUAGGGUCCUUAUAUUUGCAGGCUGGUCGGUGGACGGAUGCACUUAAAGAGCUGAUCGAAGGCGCAACUGUCGCGAAGUCUAUCAAUGAUCAUUUAUGGCAUGGCAAAGCGCUUGAACUCAUCAUCGUCUGUCUACUCUUACUUGGCUGGGUUGGAGUCGAGUUUCAAGUCCCUGCGGUAUGCCUACCUGCAAACGAGAAGUCGAUCAGCGCCAUAGCUAAAGGCCCAGCAGAACUCGAAGACGGCGAUGCUGAACAACCAAAACACAUACGGCACCUCCAAACCAUUCUACCAGACCUGCUUGACAGAAUAGUAGCACUAUAUUCGAGGAUAUCCGGCGAACAACUUCCCCCAUUCCCACUUUCCGAAUCUAUUAUCAGGUUCUGCACCCUUCUCACAAUUCUUCACCUGUGUGAUGGCAGACUUGACAAAAAAGCACUGGAAAAACUUGUCCUCGGCAAUAUACCAGCAAAACCUCCUAACACAUCACGUUUAAUUAUUAUACCUCCCCGCUCCCAAAUCGCAACUUUGCUGUUCAAGGCUUUUCCAUCGUCCGCGCCAGAGUUGCUCACAACUGUAGACCGUGCAAUCAUCCUUGGUGGGAUAUCUACCGUCCUCGGUUUACUAGGAUUUUAUAGGAAAAAGGCCAUGGUGGUGCGAGAAUUGGUGUCGGUACUAAUUGGAGGGCUAGUUGAGGCAAGAACACGAGGUGCCGCUGAAGUUGGUAUCCAUCCGGCAGCCGGCCUGGUGGCUCUCAACGCUAUUAAUGGUCAUAGCAGUAGUGCGGGAGGCCUAGAGCUUGGCGAGGGAGAUAUAGAGCAUGGAAUCGAUGCAUUCCUCGGGCAACUAUUCAACAUCUACGGAGUCGUCGGCUUCGAUAAUGACACGCAUGAAACCCCUAAAUCCGACCAGGGGAGCGACACAGACGAGGAAGUCAUAUCGAGGAUUCAGAGUCAAUCUGCAAUUAGACAAUUUGGGUUCCAGAAUUUGAAGCUCAAUGUUCUUCGGGCUUGCAUUAAUUUCUCGGAAGCUUUACCAGAUUUCAAUGGAGUAUUGAAGUUCUCGAGCGAUUUGUUGCGCACUGCUGGAAGCGGAGUUGCGCCAGGGCCGCGUAGGGAAGAUGCAGCGCCGAUAAUUACAAGAGACGAACAAGUCAGGUUGGUAAAUAACAUCUCGAAGACGUUCGGCUUAUCUCAAAGGUUAGGGUUGGAUACACUCUCUGCGGAAUACUGGGAUGAAUUUCUUGUCCGUGGCAUCACGAUGGAUCCUUUACCGCAAACUAGAACCCCUAUACCACAUUCUAAGAAUGUCUUGCCUGGCGUGACAACUGCGCGGACUUCGCAAGACGUAAAUCCUUUCAUCUAUAAUCCAUUUUUAAGAGAUUCGGAUAAGGCUGCGGUGGAGGGGACACUCGUUGCCGACGAAGCAGCAGUUUUUAGGGUUACACUUCAAAAUCCAUACGAAAUCGACGUCGAUAUCGAAAGCCUCCGGCUGGAUGCCGAGGGGGCCGAUUUCGAGUCAUCUAGAACAAGCACAAUAAUCGGGCCGUAUCGUACGCAGAUCCUGAAGCUUACUGGGACCCCUAGAGCCGCGGGCCCAUUAAAGAUUAAAGGGGCUAUCGUAAAGGUACGCGGAUGUCGCGAAAGAAGGUUUCCCAUCUUCCCUCAGCCGUGGGCUCCGGAUACGGAAACCAAGGUUAAGGGGAUCGGAUUGGCUGCAUUAGAGCAGAGCAAGAAGCUGCCUUUUUUCGGGCCUUCGUUGACCCUGGACAGCAUUGGGUUGAGCGCGAUUCCUGCACAGCCCGUUAUAGCUGUUAAGUCUACAUCCCUUCUUCAGGACUCGGUGAUGAUUCUAGAAGGAGAACGACGGGUCUUUUCCGUAACAUUUCAAAACUUAUCACAAACCACACCGGCGGAUCUUCUGCUUUUCUCCUUCCAAGAUUCAACACAGGGUCCCAUCCAAACAGCCUUGACGGAUAGGGAUGCAACCCCUGCAGAACUAUACGAAUACGAGCUCAUCCUCGCGAGGAAACAGGCGUUGCGGCUGCGGAAGGUUGGCGAUUCUAAGCGGUACAUAGCACCGGGAGGCACAGCUACCUUUGAGUUCGAGCUCCUCGGAAAGCCGGGCCUCACCAAUGGGACCAUUCAGGUCGACUACGCGUACCUUGGCGUACCGCAAUCUGAAAUCGCCGAACAAUUUCAUACCCGCCAAGUCUGUCUGGACUUAACUAUCACCGUCAAUGCUAGCAUAGAACUUGCGAGGAUGGACGUACUACCACUUACUGGCGCUGUACCUAAGCCUAUCUGGUCUCGCGUGGGCGGGGAGGCGACCGAAAUAGAGUCCUCGUUGUCCGAUGAAGACUAUUGUCUCCUAUUACUAGAUCUUCGCAAUGCCUGGCCGAGCGACAUGGAAGUCCGCCUCGAGGCGGACAGCGGCAUCAUGAUAAAAGAACAUAUCUUACCGGGGAAUACGAAUCGUGUCGUCUUCCCCGUUCCAAGGGUGUACAUAGAAGACCCCCACGCAUCAAUCCCAGCUCUCAACCCUUCGCGACAACGACAAUUUGUUGUUAGUAGCAGCAAGAUCACACCGGAAAUAGAACGCAGCAACCGUGAGGCGUUCUGGUACCGCGAGAAGGUCCUAGAAAAGCUGUCGGGUUCGUGGAAGACUUUGUCCGGCCCUUCGAGGGAAGGCAGCAUCGAGCUCAGGGGUAUCCGUCUCGCGCCGCGCAUGAUCGAGGCGAUUAAGAUCGACGAGGUCGGCAUCGAUAUUUCCGUCGAGGACCCGGAAGCAGAAGACGAAGACAAACAAGAAGGAGGAGAAGGAGAAGAAGAAAGGGGCUCGGGGAAGACGGGAAAGAACAAGACUACGAUCUUCACGGACGAGUUCGCGCAGAUCCGAGUCUCGAUCACGAACCGGAUGGGCGAGCCGUUCUACCCCACGCUCCGGCUCAUGCCGGCGCUGCGCCACCGCCCGCUCAACGUCGCGCUCGACUUCACGCGCAAGCUCGCGUGGAACGGCACGCUGCAGCAGUCCCUGCCGCUCGUUGGGGCGCGGUCCCGCGCGGAGGUGCGGCUCGGCGUAACGCCGCUAUGCCGCGGGGAGUUCGAGAUCUCGGCGUCGGUCGAGGAGACGCAGCUCUGGGUGCCGGAGGAGAAUGGCGGCAAUGACGGUGGUGGUGAUGACAAUGGCGCCAAGAGGGUAAGGUCCGAGACGGAGAUCAUGAUGGACGCGGUCCUGGGCGCCAAGGAGAGGCGCUUGUGGCAUUCGAGGCGCCCGUGCUUGGUGAAUGUGAGGGAUAGGGAGGAUUAACCAAAGCCCAACCUAAAGCAAAGACGGAGAGUGGAAGGGGAAGCGGAAACUAGGGUAGAGUAGAGAAGAAGGGGGAUAGAUACAUACAUACAUAGCAUGCGUUGUCUGUGGGGGGAGGGGGAGCGAAGUGGUGGUAGGCGUGUUGAUUGAUGAUGAUUGAUCAUAACGGGGAAGGGGAGCGAGCGCAUUCAGACAUGUAUAAAAAAAUGAGAGAGGGGAGAUGAGAUGAGAUUUUAGAGGUACCUAACAACUAAAUGACAUGAACUAACUGAAUUGAU